AUCGUGAACACGGCGGCUCUAGGCCAUCGGCGGAGCGGCGAAAGGUGACUGGGAUUCGAGUGGCGCCGGUCGAAGCGCGCCUGACCAGAUCGAGCCGACGAGGGAUUCAGGGUGGGCGCCGAGCAGCGGCGGAGGGGCGCCGCAGUGCUUGGAGGACUUGAGAAGAGAUCAGGGCUUUUGGUCAGGUAUGGGAAGGACCGGAACCUUCGAUCCGCUGCUGGGGACCAUGACUAAGGCACCCAGAGUCAUAUGUACAGGGUGUGGCGACAGAUCGAACCUGUAGUCUGCCUUGGAGCAGCUGUUGGUCUCUGUUGGGCAGCUUGGAGCUACUACGCGCGCAAGUCAUGUCUGCGCACCUACGGACGCUACAUGAACGGCAAGACAAGCGGCCCGGUGGUCGGCCGGGAUGACGAGAUCGACAGUGUCGUCUCCAUUCUCUGCUGCAAGACCAAGAAUUGUGUGGCACUCGUCGGAGCCCCAGGGGUUGGCAAGACGGCCAUCGCCGAGGGCCUCGCGCAGCGGAUUGCUGCUGGGAAGGUCCCUGCCGAGCUUUCCAAGGCACGUGUCGUGGAGGUUGAUCUGGGGGCCAUGGUGGCCGGCACUGUACUGCGUGGUAUGAAUUUUCUCAUGUUUGAAAGCCGUUUGAAGACCAUGAUAAAGAAGGCGGAGAAUUCGGGCGGCAAUAUAAUUCUCUUCAUCGACGAGAUGCACAUGCUGAUUGGCGCCGGUGAUAAAUGGGGAAGCAAUGAUGCUGCUAAUAUUCCGAAACCCGCGUUGGCCCGUGGUCGUAUCCGAUGUGUGGGCGCGACAACUUUUGAUGACUAUCGCAAGUACAUUGAGAAGGAUGCAGCGCUCGAACGACGGUUCCAGAAGGUGCAUAUUGAAGAACCGAGCACGCAGGCGACCAUUGCCAUUCUGCGGGGCAUAAAGCAGCAGUAUGAACGGCACCAUAGCUUGGAAAUCCAAGAUGCCGCUAUUGUUGCUGCUGCAGAGCUCGCUGGCCACUACAUCACUGGUCGUCAGUUUCCUGAUAAGGCUAUUGAUCUGAUUGAUGCGGCGUGUGCUACUGCAAAGAAAAUGAUGCAGAAUGACAGUCAAGAAAAGGAAAAGGACAAUGUGAAGAAAGCAAUUGUUGCACCAAAUCAUGUCGCACAAGAUGUGAGCCGAUGCACCGGAAUUCCUGUCUCUACGCUUGAUCAAGAGGAGAAGGAUAGGUUAAUCCACCUAGCGGAUAGACUUCAUGAGCGAGUUGUUGGCCAGGAUGAAGCGGUAAAUCUGGUUGCAGAAGCAGUCUUACGUUCCAGGGCUGGCCUUGAUCAGCCUGGCCAACCCAUAGGCUCGUUCCUCUUCUUAGGAUUGACUGGUGUUGGAAAGACAGAGCUUGCAAAAGCUCUUGCCGAGCAGCUAUUCGACAGUGAGAAAAUGUUGGUUCGCAUUGACAUGUCUGAAUAUGUUGGGUUUGGAGCUGUGGCGCGCCUAAUUGGAGCUGCACCAAGCUGCAUUGGCUAUGAUGAUGGUGGACAACUGACUGAAAUAGUGAGGAGGCGCCCAUAUAGUGUCAUCCUUUUUGACGAGGUGGAGAAGGCAGAUCCCUUGGUGUUGAACGUUUUUAUUCAACUUCUUGAUGAUGGUGUUCUGACUGAUGGCAAAGGCCGGACCGUAGAUUUCAAGAAUACUAUCAUCAUUAUGACCUCAAAUCUAGGAGCAGAGCACCUAACAGCUGGAAUGGCUGGAGAAAGCACAAUGGAAGCUGCAAAGGAGCUCGUGAUGAAAAAGGUUCACAAACACUUUAAGCCUGAAUUUCUGAACAGACUGAGCGAGGUGGUGAUAUUUGAGCCACUUCUGCAUGACAAACUGAAGGAGAUUGUAAAAAUUCAAAUGAAAAGUGUCACUGCAAGGGUAGCUGCCAAGAGCAUCUCUCUGUCUGCAAGCGAUGCUGCGUUGGACGUCAUAUUGUUGGAAUCAUGCAACCUAAUGUAUGGCGCAAGGCCCAUAAGGAGGUGGGUGAAGAAGAAUGUGGUGACAGUGCUGUCCCGGAUGCUGCUCAAAGGUGAAGCUGUUGAAGGCUCAACUAUCGUCAUUGAUGCUACAGAUGACAAAAGGGGGCUCAAGUACGAAGUGGUAAAUCCACAAGGCAAGAGUCCAGUGGUGGAACUUUCCUGUGACAAGAGCUAUGUUGCGGCGGUGACCAAUCCCAAGCCAUGACAAAGGUGACAUAACCCCUAGUAGCUGUUGUUUCUCGCUGAGUGCCUGAACUCCAUAACCCUGCUGAACACAAAUAGCAGAGGUAGAAGAAGCAUGUAAAUUGUAGCAAAGGCAGAAUGCAUGCCCGACAUGGUUGUAGCCACACCAUGGCAAACACCCUUUAACGUUUUCUUGGUAGGAGGAGAUCUGUAAAUUGCCAAUUUCUUACUAGUAUCUUAUAGACAGCAUGUAUGCCUUUAUGCUCUUAGCAGUAGCAUAGACACUAACCCUGUGAAGUGUGAUUGUGUGUGAUGAGAAUGAUGGUUAGAGGAA